GCUUCUUUGUUUGCGGUUGUUUUAACCAGAAUAGAUCCAACUUUGUUAUUUUUCUUUUCAAAUGGUAAUUAAAUAGAUAUAUUUAUUUUUAGGUAGGUAUGGUAUUAUUCUAGAGAUGAAAAGUGCUGUUAGCAAGAUGCUGAUUCUUUUUGGUUGAAUAAAUGUAUGUCUAUAGAUGCAAAAAAUGUCAAUACGUCAUGUCAUUUUUUCAAAAUACAAUCCACGUCAAUCAAAUAUUUGGCUUAUUCUAAAAUUUUCGUAAAUAUUUCAUGAAUAAUCAUCCAUUUUUCACCACACACAUCAACCAAUACGAUGAAGCUAUCAAAUCCAUGGCGCCAACCAUAAUAAACGGUGAAAAUGUAAUUUUAUCACAAGAACAACAAAGAAGCAUCCGUGACACUCUCAAUACUUCAAUUGUGAAAAACCCAUUCGCAUAUCAACAAUACCCGCAAGUUUUGUGCGCCCAAAAGCAAUUCAUUCCUGGAGGUGUUUUAUUCACUUUUCAAUCUCCAGAAUGUCAGCAAUUUGUGAAUCCACGAUUAGAAUCUUGUACUUGCAAUUAUAAAUAUGAACAGUUUCAGCUCCCUGAUGCAAAUGCACAAUUUAAUGUACAGCAGCAACAACAAGUGAAAUUUCAUCAUGAUCAAAGCACUUUCUGUCACAUUCCAAUUGCCUAUUAUGAAGAUAAAAUUACUCAGAUUAAUGAGGAGUGUAUAUGUAUUGGCCGAAAAUGUGCAGGAUUAGAAUCUUGUACUUACAAUAACAAAUAUGAACAGUUUCAUCUUCCUGAUGCAAAUGCACAUUUUAAUGUAGAGCAGCAACAACAAGUGAAAUUUCAUCAUGAUCAAAACAUUUUCUGUCACAUUCCAGUUACCCAUUAUGAUGAAAAUAUUCAGAUUAAUGAGGAGUGUAUAUGUAUUGUUCAAAAAUGUGCAGUCGUAGAUGAAAUAAUGCCAGCAAAAAUGAUAACGAGCUGGACACAAACUUCGAUUUCGGAAACUGAUAGUGCAAAUGAUGAAAAACCUAAAAAGAAGCGUCGAAAGAGAACUGAUUCUCGAGACAAUGAAUCAAGAACCCGAAAAAAAUUGAAAGAUAGCUCGUCACAGACCACAGUACCAUCAGAAGGUAAAGAUGCAGAUUCCGAAAAGGAACAAGACAAAUUGGAAAAUAAAGGAUCGGAAACAAAUAGUAAACAAGAAGAAAAAAAUAAAUUCAAAGAUACAACUUCAUCGGAAAGUGAACCUGUGAUAUCACAACAGAAGCAAGAGGAUUCGAAGAAACGAAGAAAAAAUAAACAAAAACAUGAUAAAAAAUUGAAAAAAGAUUCGUCACAACAUAAAAUUGAAGAAAAGGAGCAGAAAGAUUUAUCAAGUGAAAAUAAGAAAAAUCAAAAACGAAGCUCAUCGCAAACGACAGUUUCAUCUGAAAGUAGAGAUUCUGUAAUAUCACAAAAAGAGCAAGAUGAUUUGAAGAAACGAAGGAAAAAUAAACAAAGAUAUGCUAAAAGAUUAAAAAAAGAUUCGACACAACAUAAAGAAAAGGAGCAGAAAGAUUCAUCAAGCGAAAAUAUCAAAAAUCAAGAACAGAAUCCGUUACAAACGACAGUUUCAUCAGACAAUAAAGCUUUUGAGAAAUCCAAAGACAAAAACAGAAAUAUUGAAUUGAAAGAUUGUGAAUCUCAAACUGAUACAAGCGAGCCGCCAGAUGAAACAUCUCAUUAUUGUGAAUGUAAAGUUAAAGAAAAGGAGCAGAAAUAUUUAUCAAGCGAAAAUAAGAAAAAACAAGAACGAAAUCCAUCGCAAACGAUGACAGUUUCAUCGGAAAGUAGAGAUUCAGUAAUAUCACAAGAGCCAGAGGAUUUGAAGAAACGAAGGAAAAAUAAACAAAAAUAUGCUAAAAGAUUGAAAAAAGAUUCGACACAACAUGAAGUUAAAGAAAAAGAGCAGAAAGAUUUAACAAGCAAAAAUCAGAAAAAUCAAGAACGGAAUCCAUCGCAAAUGAUAGUUUCAUCAGACAAUGAAGCUUAUGAGAAAACUAAAGACAAAAACAGAAAUAUUGAAUUGAAAGAUUGUGAAUCUCAAACUGAAACAAGCGAGCCGCCAGAUGAAACAUCUCAUUAUUAUGAAUGCAAAGAUUGCUAGCAAUUCCCACGCUAGUGCUAUUAUUAUGGUCUUUUGCCGACUCGGCCAAGGUAAUAUCGACGUCGUCCUGUAAAUGCUGGCAAGAUUAUCAGGCUGAAAUUGGAGAAUCUGGCUUACAAUGCGUCGCCUUAGAUCAAUUCCACGUGAUGCCCUGCAACAUGCCCAAACUUCCGAAAUGCGAAUGUUCCGAUGGCGUUAGCAGCAUCCUCAAGGACGAAAGUGGCACUUGGUGCACGAAAUACACGAAAGGGGAGGAACUGAUGCGAUGGCCAUGCGAAAACGUUCGAGAGUGGGACGAGUUUUUCCGGAAAAAUCCUAAUUUGUUGUAAAAUAUAGCCUAUAUUGAAGAAAUCC